AUGACGUCAGAUGGGGCUACGUCAACAUCUGCAGCUGUGGCGGCUGCAUCGAGGAGGAAACCGUCGUGGAGGGAGAGGGAGAACAAUCGGAGAAGAGAGAGAAGGAGAAGAGCCAUAGCUGCCAAAAUAUACACAGGUCUAAGAUCACAAGGUGAUUACAAUCUCCCAAAACACUGUGAUAACAAUGAAGUCCUCAAAGCUCUCUGUGCUGAAGCUGGUUGGAUUGUUGAAGAAGAUGGCACCACUUAUCGCAAGGGAUGCAGGCCACCUCCACCACCUGGUGAGACAUACUCAUCACAAAACCAGAGUCCUCUCUCAUCGGCUUUUCAAAGUCCAAUCCCUUCUUACCAAGUCAGCCCAUCUUCCUCUCGUGGUGAACCAAACAGCUCCACCUUCUUCACAGACGGUGGCCUUCCUUCCCUCAGAAUCUCAAACAGUUGUCCCGUUACUCCACCCUUCUCAUCUCCAUCUUUCAACAACCCUAAACCCUUUAACUGGGACUCUAUUGCUAAACAGUCUAUGGUCAACGCUAAACAGUCCAUGGCGGCCUCUUUUAACUAUCCUUUCUAUGCUGUUUCUGCACCUGCUAGUCCCACACGUCGUCAGUUUUAUGCCCCGGUUACAAUACCUGAGUGUGAUGAGUCUGACUCUUCUACUGUUGACUCUGGUCAUUGGAUAAGCUUUCAGAAGUUUGCACAACACCAGCAGCCGUUCUCUGGCUCUAUGGUGCCGACUUCUCCUACUUUCAACCUUGUGAAACCUCUUGUGCCUCAGCAGAUGUCUCCAAACGCUGUUGCUGCUUUCCAAGGGGUUGGGCAAAGCUCUGAGUUUAAAUUUGAGAGUAGUAACCAAGUUAAGCCGUGGGAAGGAGAGAGGAUACAUGAUGUUGGUAUGGAGGAUCUGGAGCUUACUCUUGGAAACGGUAAGGCUCGUUGUUGA